GUUCAAAUUUCACUGCUGAAACUGCUCCAACUAAUUGUUCAGACAUUUGAUUCAGCACGGAAAUGGAUAAAAUCCAAUGAUGGCGAAAUGAGCCGUCUCUUCUCUGCCCUUAAACGAGAUCAGAACGACGGUGUAAGAUUGCAAGUACUGAAUUUGAUUUACUACGUUGCAAGUGCAGAUCCUAACGACGAGAUUUCUCUUCCCCCUUCCCCUGCUAAGGAUUCUUUUGUGAAUUCCCUUAUAGCUAUACUCACCCAUAGUUGUGUCGAAGAGGAGAGAUCUGCUGCAGCCGGUAUUAUUGGCUACCUUCCAACUGGCGACCACAGCAUAGAUGAGAUGCUCCAAAAAUCAGCUUUUUUGAAAGCUAUAAAUGACAUCUUCUCCCUUGCUGUUAACUCCAAUGGAUUAUUAGAAAAUUCCCUUACAGCACUGCAAAGGUACGUUGUUUGCUCUAAUUCUGCACCUCAUAAACAAGUCAGAAAGCUGCUUCCACAUCUUGUUCAAAUGCUCUCUAAUGGCGCCAGCCCUCUUGCUAAGCAGCAAGCCGCCAUUACUCUUUCCCACCUUGCAAGUUGCAAUAGUAUUUCCUCGUCAUCAUUGUUACAUUUGAGACAGAGAAUUCCCUAUGUGACACAAUUGGGAAAAAGACCUCUUUGUCCUGUACAUUUAUCUAGCUCCCUUCAGCAUUCCAUUUGCCUCAUCAAGAUUGGAGCGGUGAAGCCAUUGCUAGAGAUGGUGAGAACCAUGGAACCUGGAUCCUCUGCAGCAGCUUUGAUGACGCUUAACACUGUGUGUAUUCAUUGUGACUGCACUGCUGCUGCGGAUGCCAUAGUGGAGAGCGGAGGCGCAGCGGCCAUUAUUGAGGUGCUGGAAAGGGGACCAGUAGUGUCUGUCAAGGAAGCUGCCCUUACACUCCUCGAAAAGAUCUGCAAACAUCCGAGAAUCAAAGCAAAUGGGUUAGAUGAGAAGUUUGACAAAGUACUGGUAUACCUUAUUAGCAAGGAAAACGAGAUCAAGGUGAAGGCAGCUUCCGUGCGUGCAGAAAUUGGUUUGUAUCCCGGGCCAUCCUAGAUUCAUCAAGUGAUCCAUUGUAAUCAAAAAGGCCACCAUUUUAUGUGACCAAACCAUCUAAGACGACUCCCUCUAAUCUUAUCUUCCAUUGGAGCUACUCCAAGCUGAAUGAGUCGCUAAAAAGCUUCUUCGCCUUCGUCGACGACGUUUCCUCCCUGUCGGAUCGGAAGUCACGACGGUUCGCAUCAUUAUUCUUGUUCGUGCUGGAUCGAAGGCAACCAAACAACCCUUAAAAAAGCACCGAAGGGAGAAGGAGCUCAAGAGGAUUGAAUAUACUGAAGCAAUGUUGUAGCCCCGACUGCCUCCUUGAAAGAACAUGAAGCCCUUUGAUGUGAUUACAAGUGAUUAUGAUCAAGGGAUUUCGGUUCAUCAUGCAGGUGCUACAGAGGGCAAGACAGCCAAACUAAUCUGACUAAAUUUGAGAACGCCAUCAUCGAGUUCAUUAUUUGUGAACUCUUAGGUGUUAACAUGUUGAAACCGAAGUGACAUCUAGGGCUGCAAAUGAAUCGAGUAGAGACGAACAUGUGCUUGUUCAUGUUUGAACUCGUUUAUUAUCAGCUUACUUGAACUCAGUUCAUGCUCUCAAUUCUAGCUUUUAUGUUUGUAAUCAAGCUUUGUUCGUUUAAAAUGACAAAUGUUUAUGUUUGGUUCAUGA